UUGUGAACCUAGAUCCGGAUGGCACUUUGGCGCUAUCUAACGACAGGUCGCCAUGCUGAUUAAAAAAAAAUCCAGGCUUUGUACGAAGAUAAAAUUGGCAGAUGUUAUGAAAUAUAGUUUUAUCUCGGUAUUCGGAAAGUCUCCUCUUUGAUUAAAUUGUCUAGGUGAUAGCUGUUCUGGGAUAUCAGACUUCCAGAAGGUUGCAUGUCGAUUGAGUUCCCUUGAGCUCAUCGUGCAUCUACUAGUCAGGUCUGCUGCGGUCGGUGUGCGGUCCCGGUCCGCCGACUAGCUGUCACUGCCGCUGCUUUCUGUUCAGUGGCGUGGUCUUUGUGGCAAAUUUAGUUUCUGGCUUGGUUCUAAUUCAUUUGGACUUUACCAGCUCGGUCACCAUGGGCAAAAAGGAAGAAGAGGAGGUCAUCAGAAUUGCGAAGAAGAUCGAUAAAAUGGCGCAGAAGAAAAACGGGGCUGGAGCUUUGGAUCUCUUGAAGGAGCUGCGUAGUAUCCCCAUGACGCUGGAGCUGCUGCAGUCUACCAGAAUCGGGAUGUCCGUUAAUGCCAUCCGUAAACAAAGCACAGACGAGGAGGUUACAUCUCUUGCAAAAUCCUUGAUCAAGUCAUGGAAGAAGCUUUUGGAUGAGCCAGGAGCUGGAGAUAAAGCUUCAGAGGAGAAGAGGAAAGAACAAUCAACGCCUGUCGUCUCUCCUUCACAAGGAAGCCCAGAGGCAAAAGAAGAAAGCAGCUCCAGCAGCAAUUCCAGCAGCAAGAGUGAACCCAGUGAAGUUGCUCCCAACACAUUAAUCAACACCUUUCCUCGUGCCCCGAGUACCUCUGACUCCAUCAGGCUUAAGUGUAGAGAGAUGCUAGCAAGCGCUCUGCAGACUGGAGAUGAUUAUAUCGCUAUUGGUGCUGAUUGUGACGAACUUGGAGCACAGAUUGAAGAAUGCAUCUUCCAAGAGUUUAAGAACACAGACAUGAAAUAUAAGAACCGCGUGAGGAGCCGAAUCUCAAAUCUGAAGGAUAUGAAGAACCCGAAUUUAAGGAGGACCGUGCUGUGCGGGAGCGUAACCCCUGAGCGGAUGGCUAAGAUGACCGCAGAGGAAAUGGCCAGUGAUGAGCUGAAGGAAAUGAGGAAGAAUUUGACCAAAGAGGCUGUCAGGGACCACCAGAUGGCCACCACUGGGGGCACUCAGACUGAUCUGUUCACCUGCGGCAAAUGCAAGGGAAAGAGCUGCACCUACACACAGGUUCAAACUCGCAGUGCUGAUGAGCCAAUGACCACGUUUGUCUUCUGCAAUGAAUGUGGAAAUAGAUGGAAGUUCUGCUGAAUCUGCGGCAUCAUCCACGGCACUCCUACAAGUAGCAAAAUUCCUGGACCAGAUUCUGUCUAUCUGCAACAGAUUGGAGCUUUCUAUUCUGUGGUACAUGGUACACAACAUGCCAUACAAAGAUGCCACUGCGGUUAUUGUUUAAGUAAAUAUCUUGUUAAUAGAUUGAGCUCAUUGUUGGUUCCCUCAACUCCUUCCCCUAAAAAUUAUUUUACUAGCGUUAUUAGUUGUUUCUCACCGUCAGAUAUAUGCGAUGGAUCUUAUCAUGCUCUUUUAUCUGCAUUUUUUAUAUGUAGUUUUAACACUUUGGACAAUGUUGUUUUGCUUCCCCCUCACAACAUUGCAUUGUUUUAUUUAAUUUCCCAAUAAAGUGUAAUCCAUUUGAUUAAAAAGAGCUGCUUUUCA